UGCGCUCUGCACGUGAAAGUAAAAUCAAAGUGGGGGAAUGUCUCAAGAAGGCUUCAUUUUUUAAGAGGACAUGUUUUAGUGAAGAGGAGAGGAAAAACGCAGAGGAAUGACAGCGUGGGAAAAAGAUGGCACUCAGAGGGGACCAUUAACUACCAAAUGGAGAGGAUCUUUAAAAGAUGGAGGACAUAGGAGGAGAAGCUGUACGGGAUAGGAUGAGUUGGAGGGGGAUGGAGGGACAGAGAAUGGCGUGAGGACCGAGGACAGUGGUUGGUUUGAUCUGAGCCACGUGUGCGUCCAGCCACGUCUCUUCGCUGCUUCGUGGAUACCGAUGAAACGCUGGUUUCCCAUGUCGCCCGGUCCCUUCUGUCUGAGCCCAGGUAGGUUUCCUGAGAUGAGAUGAUGCAUGGGUCCUCGAAGCACAAAUUGAGCAGUUUUUCCUCAGCCUGCUGUUCUUUAGCAGUUUACAGCUUAGCUACUAGUGUUGAGGUAUAUAAGAAGCACUCGUAUCGGUAGAGUGUGAUUGUUCUCCAUUGCGCCCAGAUAUGAACCCCUUUGAGCAAACAGCGACGAAGCACAAGAGCACCUGAAUAAGGAAAACUCCACUGAUUAUAAGGAAGUGAAAACUGGAUCUAUUGGCAGUGCCAUCAAUCUACUAUAUGAUAUGCUUAAAACCAAGACUCAAGGUGAGGAACACGCUCUACCUCCACAACACUGGGCAGCCAUGAACUCUGCACUGCCACCCUCUCUCUUCUCAGCCAUGAGUAUAACUGUAAGCUGAUAGUAUGUGAUCAACCACACUGUGGGGCCGACAUCCUGCUGCUUCACCUUCUCAAUAAAUCCUAGCUGCACAACAACAAUACUAAGUUAGCGCUUUCAAAAUGGCAGAUCAGAAUUUACAGCACAGCACAGAGGACGACAACCUUCAGCCAGCUGAUUACCUAACGUCAUCACUAGCAUCGCUCCAUCUCAGGGAUGAGGCUGUCGUCACAAAUGAGAACACCAACCAAAUCGGGGAUAAUCCUGAGACCGGUUCAGUAUGUCCUGUGGUGAUGUCAUCAAUGUUUAACCAAUCACGACAACAGGGAGACAUAUCCAUGGCUAUCAUGCCUGAGUCUCACCCAGCAGAUCAAGAGUUCUUGGAAAGUGAAAUGGGCCAAAGUGAAAGUGAGGCGCAGUCCGACACCCUGGCAGCGUUCUUGCAGGACCUUUCCUCUCAUGAUCAUAAUGAUGGUACGUCUCUUCCAGGAAAAACCAACAGCAGCAAGGAAGGAGAAAUAUAUCCAGAGAACAAAAUAUACAAAGCUAUGGCAGAAUGUGGCUGCGGCGCUGAUGACCACCAGCUUUUUGAAGCAGAGUGGUACUGGGGCAACAUCUCAAGAGAGGAAGUAAACGAGAUGAUGAGAAACACUCCUGAUGGUACAUUCCUGGUUCGAGAUGCUUCCAGUAGGAUUAAAGGAGAAUACACGCUGACAUUAAGAAAAGACGCUUCAAACAGACUAAUUAAAAUCUUCCAUAAUGGCGGCAAGUACGGCUUCUCUGAGCCACUGGCUUUUUCCUCUGUAGCGGAUCUGAUCCAGUAUUACCAGAAGAAGUCACUGGCCCAGUACAACUCUAAACUGGAUACACGGUUACUCUAUCCAAUAUCCAGAAACCAGCAGCAGCAGGUUGUGAUGGAAGCUGACAUUGAUGCAGCUGGAGAACAGCUAAGGAUAUUUCAGGAUCAAUACAAAGAAAAAAGCAAAGAGUAUGACCGCCUAUUCGAGGAGCUGAAUCUGACCUCCCAGGAACUGCAGAGCAAGCGAACUGCCAUUGAAGCUUUCAGCGAAAUCAUUCGGAUCUUUGAGGAGGAAUGUGAAACCCAAGAGCGCUACAGCAAGGAAUACAUCGACAUGUUCCUCACAUUAGACAGCAGUACAGAAUCCGAGAAAAUUCAAAACAAUUCAGAUGAACUACAGUCGAGGGUGGAAGAGAUCCACAGCAGCAAGAAGAAGUUAGAGGAGGAACUGAGGAACAAGGCACUGGUUCACAUGGAGGUCGACAGGAAAAUGAACAAACUGAAGCCUGACCUUGUGGAGCUCCGGAAGCUCAGAGAUCAAUACCUGGUUUGGCUAACUCAACAAGGCACCAGGCAGAGCCAGAUAAAUGACUGGCUCGGUAUUAGGAGUGAAGAAGAAGACCCAUACACCCUAGCAGAUGAUACCCACCAGGAGGAGAGGAGCUGGUACGUUGGUGCUAUGAGACGAAAGGAGGCGGAGGAGCUGCUGAGAGGGAAGAGAGAUGGGACAUUCUUAAUCAGAGACAGCCAGACUCAGAGAGGCUCCUUUGCCUGCUCUGUCGUUGUGGACGGGGAAGUGAAACACUGUGUAAUUUACAGGACGUCCACGGGAUACGGCUUCGCUGAGCCCUACAACCUGUACUCAUCACUGAGAGAGCUCGUCCUUCACUACCGUCACACAUCCUUGAUCCAGCACAACCAGCAGCUGAAUGUAACCCUGGCCUGGCCCGCUCUCAGCCAGCAGCCCAGCUGAGACACACCAGCACACACCCAGUAACAGUACUGUGGACACACCCGAACAGACACUAUUACCAGGCUCAAAACAGCAUACCGGUUAGUGUCAUCACCGCACUAAAAUAUUCAGUGCUAAAAUUGGAUAAUAAUCUAAACAUUGCUUUUAUGCCAAACAAAAGUCAUUUUAUUACUCUUUUGUUAUUAUUAUAAUUUCUGUGUUUAAAAAGCCAAUUUACUUUUCAUCACCAGCUAAAGUUUGCCAGAAGCUUUUGCAGAAGUCAGCAGUAAAUAUUCAACUAAACUGUCCUAGUACAGAAUUCAGCCUCACUAGUUUCCCCAAAGUGUUGCAAAAAGCUGUGCAGUGAAUUGGAUUCUGAAUACAACACUUCCAUUAAAAGAGUAACUAAAGCAAAGGCACAAAAUAUUUAGGAAAACACAAAUAACAAAAUUUGUCAUUGCAAUGUUGAUUUCAAUUAUUCUUUAGUCCUGAAGCUAAAACAAUCUAGCACAAGUUUCUGUAUUUUUUUCUAGACGCAAGCACAAGCACUAUUUUAAUGAAGAAGCCAAAUAUAAAAUAGCUUCACCGCUAUCAAGUUUUUGUAUUUAUAGUUGGCCACUCCUGACCUCUACCACACUUGUUUUAACUUCUUUGAACAAAAACAAACCAGUGUGCAUUUCUUAAAUUGAUUUCUUAAGCUUCGUAAUCAUCUAACAAAUGCAUAGAAACAGUGAAGCAACAACAAUAUGAACAGAAAAAAAGCCCAGUAUGGGACAGAACCACCCCGCAUUGCUGGCUAUGGUUAUUUUAAGGCCAGAGCAUCCACACAAACACUUUCAAAAUAAGAUAGCCUGAAUACACACAGGGGAUUGGAUUCCUGUAUUUUAAGACUUCUCCAGUUCAACUUCACAUUUAGAUGAUAUUGAUAUUUUCAUUUUCUGAUAAGGAGCAGCACAUUUGGAUCAAAAAGUUUUUGAAAUACCAGGUGUUGGGUGUAAGUGUGUGGGGUGUUAGAACUAAUGGAGCAAGAGGUUGAAAGGCUAGUCUAACUGCUUUAAUGGUGACUGAUCUGGUCACAUUUGAGGUUUCUUAGGCACAAACAUGACAUUACAAAACUACAUUAAGUUAUAGUUAUGAAAACUAACCUUAAUAAGGGUCAGUAAGGAAUUUAACAGGAUUUGGACCUGCUCAGUGAGAAAUCUAAAUUUAACAGUCAUUUGGUUUGAAGUGAUUUUGGUUGGAGUCCAGGAGAUUUGUUAAUUCAAUUCAGUUCUAUUUUAUUUAUUACAACAACAGUCGCC